AUGCGCUUGAAUGGCGUGCCCACCCAGUGGCACACCACCUCUGCUCCGCCUCAUUCGAAGAAGAAGGGCUGCAUACACAUUAUCUUUUGGAGUUAUGGUUUGCGCAUGUCUCUGCUCCUCUGCCUGUGCCCCACACCUCGCCGCCACGUCCCCGCGCGCCAGUUAGGUUGUGUGUCUGCUUUGCGCCGUCGCGCAGGCCCGCCUUCCUCUGAUGAAGAAGCUGCGCAGCAGCAGCGCAGCACGCGCCGCGACGGUCGCUCGUCGUCACGCCAUGGGUGCCCCGAGACCGCGGCCAGGGACCCUGGGCUGCGCCGGACGGCUUCCAGGGCAGUUUCUGUUCCCGUGGGCUGCCCCAGAAAUGAGCUCAGGAGCGGUCGAGCGGGCCUGGCUGAGGCAGAAAGCAGCACGGCUCCAACGUCCAGACCCGCCAAAUCCUUUUGCGCUGCCCUGCGUGUCCUGCACCGCGCUUGGGGCCGCUGCGGG